GACACUUCACAGAACAAAUAGAGUCCAAAUAAAACUGAUUCUACUAAUAAUGAACAUUGUAAUGGCGUCGCGUAUUUCUCUGUCCCGCUCAAUUCACCCAAUCUUAAAACGCUCUUCAUUUUCCCGUAUUACCCCUAAACAUUACCCGAAAUCCCAUCCUUGCCCUCUCUGGUCCGCUUCUUUCUCCUUUUGCCUUCAUAACUCUCCCACUUCUCCUCUUAUCUCCUCCUCCUCCUAUUCUUCAUUCUCCGCUUCUUCUUCUUCAAUGGCUGCUGCUGCUAAUACAGCUACUGAUAAUAUCAGCCUCGAUACCAAUAAUAAUCCUCUGUUACAGGACUUUGAAUUUCCCCCGUUUGAUGUUGUUCAGGCUGAUCAUGUUCGACCUGGGAUUCGUGCUCUUUUAACCAAACUUGAGAGUGAUUUGGAGGAAUUGGAGAGAACGGUGGAGCCAUCGUGGCCGAAAUUGGUGGAGCCGUUGGAAAAGAUUGUUGAUCGUUUAACAGUUGUUUGGGGGAUGAUUAACCAUCUUAAGGCUGUAAAGGAUACAGCUGAACUUCGUGCUGCAAUUGAAGAAGUUCAGCCAGAAAAGGUCAAAUUUGGCCUUAGAUUAGGGCAAAGUAAGCCGAUAUACAAUGCAUUUAAGGCUAUUAAAGAAUCUUCUCAAUGGCACUCACUAACUGAGGCGCAGAAACGUAUAGUGGAAUCCCAAAUAAAGGAGGCGGUUCUUAAUGGUGUUGCUCUCGAAGAUGAUAAAAGGGAAGAAUUUAAUAAAAUUGAACAGGAAUUGGAAAAACUGUCUCAAAAAUUUGGGGAGAAUGUUUUAGAUGCCACAAAGAAAUUUGAAAAAUUCAUUACAGACAAGAAAGAAAUUGAUGGACUGCCUGCUACAGCUCUUGCAUUGGCUGCACAGACAGCAGUAUCUAAGGGGCAUAAAGACGCAACAGCUGAGAGUGGACCAUGGAUAAUUACUUUAGAUGCCCCUAGUUAUAUGGCUGUCAUGCAACAUGCUCGAAACCGUGAUUUGCGUGAGGAAAUUUACCGUGCAUAUUUGGCACGUGCUUCAAGUGGUGACCUUGAUAACACAGCAAUUAUUGAUCAAAUAUUAAAGCUCAGACUGGAGAAGGCUAAACUCCUGAAUUACAACAACUAUGCUGAGGUAAGCAUGGCUACAAAAAUGGCAACCGUUGAGAAGGCGGAAGAGCUCUUAGAAAAGCUGCGCAAUGCCUCCUGGGAUGCUGCUGUUCAAGAUAUGGAAGACCUUCAAGCUUUUUCCAAAUCUCAGGGUGCUAGUGAAGCAAAUGAUUUGACUCACUGGGACACUGGAUUUUGGGCUGAGAGGCUUCGUGAGUCGAGAUAUGAUAUUAAUGAGGAAGAACUACGGCCAUACUUCUCAUUACCAAAAGUGAUGGAUGGCCUUUUCAAGCUUGCCAAGACACUUUUUGGAAUUGAUAUUGAAUCAGCUGAUGGUUUAGCUCCAGUUUGGAACAAUGAUGUCAGAUUUUACUGUGUCAAAGAUCUGUCCGGUAGUCCAGUUGCGUACUUCUAUUUUGAUCCAUAUUCUCGUCCAUCAGAGAAGAGAGGAGGUGCAUGGAUGGAUGAGGUAGUUAGUCGAAGUCAUGUUCUGUCACGCAAUGGUACUGCUCCAAGGUUGCCUGUUGCCCACAUGGUUUGCAAUCAAACACCACCUGUUGGGGACAAACCAAGCCUUAUGACAUUUCGAGAGGUUGAGACUGUCUUCCAUGAAUUUGGUCAUGCCCUUCAGCAUAUGCUAACCAAGCAGGACGAGGGUCUUGUUGCUGGAAUUCGGGGAAUAGAGUGGGAUGCUGUUGAAUUACCCUCACAGUUCAUGGAAAAUUGGUGUUAUCACAGGGAAACUUUGAUGGGUAUUGCAAGGCACUAUGAAACUGGGGAGACUCUUCCGGAAGAUGUGUAUUUGAAGCUCCUUGCUGCUAGGACCUUCCGUGCUGGUUCACUUAGUCUUCGACAGUUAAGAUUUUCAAGUUUAGAUUUGGAAUUGCAUUCGAAGUAUACACCCGGUGGGACAGAGUCCAUCUAUGAUGUUGAUCAAAGGGUUUCUAAAAGGACCCAAGUGAUCCCUCCGCUACCUGAAGAUAGAUUCCUUUGUAGUUUCAGCCAUAUCUUUGCAGGUGGAUAUGCAGCCGGAUACUAUAGUUAUAAGUGGGCAGAGGUACUUUCGGCAGAUGCUUUUUCAGCAUUUGAGGAUGCUGGACUGGACAACAAGAAGGCUGUCGAGGAAACAGGACGUAAGUUCAGGGAGACUAUUCUUGCACUUGGAGGGGGAAAAGCGCCACUUGAUGUUUUUGUGCAAUUCCGUGGGCGCGAACCUUCCCCGGAGCCAUUGCUCCGACAUAAUGGUUUAUUGGCAGCUGCAUGAAGUGGCUGAUUGAUAUGCAGGCUAUAUCUGCUGUAUGCAAUGGUUGCAGCUUUGAUUCUAUGAUCUGCUGAUAAAUGUUUUAUUUAUAGACUCACUGUAAAAGGAACAUCUUUGUAGUUUAAUGACAUACUUUUUUGGUUA